CAUGGCUGUGAUUUUCUUGGUCUCUUAUUUCUUCUUCUUGUUGCCUUUUUCUGAAUCAGUAUAUUUCAAGAUUGAUCGUUUCAGUGCUGAUGCAACAAAUAUACUGUAUAGGGGAGAUGCCAUACCUUCUGUUGGAACCAUUGAGUUCAAUAAAGUCAACUACAUUACUCGUGUAGGCCAAGCCAUAUACUUUGAUGCAGUACCGAUUUGGGACCAUAAGUCCCGUAAGCUCACCGACUUCACCACUCACUUCACCUUCAUCAUAGAUACGCUAGGUCGGUCCAAGUCCUACUACGGACAUGGGCUCACUUUCUUUCUUGCCCCGGUGACCUUCCAAAUCCCACCUAACUCAGCCGGCGGCUUUUUAGGCCUGUUUAACACCACUUACACCGAUUCACCACGAAACCAAAUGAUUGUUAUCGAGUUUGACUCUUUUGUUAACCCUGAAUGGGAUCCACCAGUUGAACAUGUGGGGAUUAACAAGAACUCCAUUCAUUCCUCUGUUUACACUGCAUGGAAUGCGAGUUUACACAGUGGCGACUCUGCAGAUGCCUGGGUUUCUUACAACUCCACCACUCAACUUUUGAACGUGCGGUGGAGCUAUGGUGCUGGAAAUGAUUCUGGAGGGGAUAUGAAUACCAGUCUUUCAUAUCAAGUUGACCUCAGGGAAGUUCUUCCUGAGCGGGUAAUGGUCGGGUUUUCAGCUGCCACAUCAGGGACUCCUAUAGAAAGACAUAUCCUCCAAUCCUGGGAGUUCAAUUCAAGUUUGGUACAAAAAGAUGAAGAUAACUCAAAUGAAUGGAAACUGGCAGUGGGGAUAGCAGUACCUCUUACUGUUCUAAUUCUGGUAGCAUGUGUUGUAUUUUGGAGAAAAAAAAGAAAGCCUGCAGAGGAACCAGUAGAAGCAGUCGCCUUGACAUCGAUAAAUGACGAUCUCGAACGAGGAGUGGGCCCAAGAAGAUUUUCUUACAGUGAUCUCGUUUUAGCAACCAACAAUUUCUCGAAUGAUAAAAAGUUAGGCGAGGGUGGAUUUGGGUGUGUCUACAAGGGCUACUUAUCACGCGAAAACAUGGUGGUUGCUGUUAAGAAAAUUUCACAGGGUUCAAGACAGGGGAAGAAGGAAUACAUAACGGAAGUGAAGGUUAUUGGCAGUUUAAGGCACCGAAACUUGGUGCGUCUCAUCGGUUGGUGCCAUGAUCAAACACAAUUCUUGCUUGUUUACGAGCUUAUGCCAAAUGGCAGCCUUGAUUCUCACCUUUUCGGUCAAAAGACUCCUCUUGAGUGGUCUGUGAGGUAUAAGAUCGCUACAGGUCUAGCUUCUGCAUUGCUGUAUUUGCACGAAGAAUGGGAACAAUGUGUGGUGCACCGUGAUAUCAAAACAAGCAACAUCAUGCUUGAUUCAGGGUACAAUGUGAAGCUUGGAGACUUUGGUUUGGCUCGACUUAUGGACCAUGAGUUGGGACCACAAACAACUGGUUUAGCCGGAACCCUCGGUUACUUGGCUCCUGAGUACGUAACGACAGGAAAGGCUAGCAAGGAGUCGGAUGUGUUUAGCUUUGGAGUGGUGGCACUAGAGAUUGCUUCUGGGCGAAAGGCGAUGGAUAGCGUUGACCCAAAUUCUGAUCUCGGGUUGGUGCAGUGGGUUUGGGGUUUGCUCGGGAAUGGUGAGCUGCUUUUGGGUGUGGACCAGAGGUUGAAAAAGGCCUUCGACUCAAAACAAGCUGAGCGUUUGAUAAUGGUGGGGUUAUGGUGUGCGCAUCCUGACCGGAGUCUAAGGCCAUCGAUUCGGCAAGCACUUCAGGUGCUGAAGUUUGAGGGUGCAGUCCCAAAUCUUCCAAAGAAGAUGCCGGUGCCAAUGUACUCCGUAGAACCAGAUGCUCCUGAACUUAGUUCUGGCUCUGGAGGCGGUUCGAUAACAUUCACUAGCGUUGACCUGGUCCGUUGAACCAAUGCGAUAUAUUAGUUGAAGUGAGUCGGGAAUAAAUAUAUAUAAGUUGUAUUAUUAUUACAUGAUUCGAGUACGUAUAUGCUUAAAUCAUGAUAUUAUUAAUAGUUGUCUGUAUCUGUUAUUGAAAGGGUCUUCGCUUAAGAAGUGUUUGUUUUGUAUCCUUGAAAGUUUUAUAACGUCGAAUUGAAUUAUUGUUCGAGUUCAAA